GUUUCUCUUUUUCUCUCUCUCUUUAUUCUUUUAAGUUCCCCAUUCAUCGCUACGUGAAAGCCUCCCUUUUCCCUCUCUUCUCUGUAUCACACAAACAUCACUUCCUCCAAAGCCACCUGAAGCUGCAGCUAUGGAUUUGGCAUCCAAUCUCGGUGGCAAGAUUGACAAAGCCGAAGUUCUCUCUGCUGUUGCAAAGUAUGAGAAGUAUCAUGUUUGCUAUGGAGGUCAAGAGGAAGAGAGGAAAGCUAAUUAUAGUGAUAUGGUUAAUAAAUACUAUGAUCUUGUUACCAGCUUUUAUGAGUUCGGCUGGGGAGAAUCUUUCCAUUUUGCACCCAGAUGGAAAGCGGAAUCUCUUCGCGAGAGCAUCAAGCGACAUGAGCAUUUCCUUGCUUUACAACUUGGCCUCAAGCCUGGGCACAAGGUUUUGGAUGUUGGUUGUGGAAUUGGGGGACCUUUAAGAGAAAUUUGUCGAUUCAGCUCAACGUCAAUUACAGGGUUGAAUAACAAUGAGUACCAGAUAACAAGGGGAAAGGAACUCAAUCGUAUUGCUGGAGUGGACAAGACUUGCAACUUUGUAAAGGCUGACUUCAUGAAAAUGCCAUUCCCAGACAAUAGUUUUGAUGCAGUGUAUGCGAUUGAAGCUACCUGCCAUGCACCAGAUGCUUAUGGAUGCUAUAAAGAAAUUUUUAGAGUGUUAAAGCCUGGUCAAUAUUUUGCUGCUUAUGAAUGGUGCAUGACCGAUUCUUUUGAUCCCCAUAAUCCAGAGCACCAAAAAAUCAAGGCAGAAAUUGAGAUUGGUGAUGGGCUUCCCGAUAUUAGAUUGACCACUAAGUGUCUUGAAGCUCUGAAGCAAGCAGGUUUUGAGGUAAUAUGGGAGAAAGAUCUAGCAGUGGACUCUGCUCUUCCUUGGUACAUGCCUUUAGACAAAAGUCAUUUCUCACUGAGUAGCUUCCGUCUAACCGCUGUGGGACGACUUUUCACCAAAAACAUGGUCAAGGUUCUGGAGUAUGUUGGACUUGCUCCAAAGGGCAGUCAAAGAGUUCAAGAUUUCCUAGAGAAGGCUGCAGAGGGACUCGUUGAAGGAGGAAAGAGAGAGAUUUUCACACCGUUGUACUUCUUCUUGGCAAGGAAGCCUGAUUCAGACAGUACCUAAAUUGGUGAUGCAAAUAGGUUGCUUUUAUCAUCGGUUACCGUGAUUCUGCAAGGGGAAUCAUAAGCUAGGAUUAAUUGUCUUUGGCGUUGUCGUGGUGAUUCUUGCUAUUUUGAGUUGCUUGUUUUAUUUAUAGGUUACCAAUAUUUCAUUUUGCUGCUAGUUCGGUGAAGGAAUGCACCUUUGGCAUAAUUGCAUGAUAUUGAAUUUACCCAUGGAUGUACUUCCAUGUCAUAUUUGUUUGUCCUACAUAUUAUUGGUUCUUUUAUUUUGUUUAAAAGUAAACUCGUAAUCAGAUUAGAUUACUGCAAGACUAUUGGGGCAG